GGCUUUGGUGGCUCCUCCCGGGUACCGGGAGCCGCCCCGCCGGGUUGGGGAUGGGGAAAGGGGGGGGGGUGGCCCGGGAGGGGCGAGACCGGGAGUUCCCGUUGGCCAGGGAUGCUUUGCCGGUGGUGGAAAACCCCUGAGGGUUUUCUUGGUUUUUUUUUUUAUUAUUAUUUGGGGAGCCGCUGGAAAGUGGGGUGAGGAGUGAAAGGGAGUCGGAGCUGGAUUCCUUCGGAGAGAGGGGAAGUUGACGCACCGGCCUAAGAAUAGCUCAGGGAGGGGAAGUAUGGACAAUAUUGUCACCAAAGGUAACCUCCGCCGGUCGUGUCAGGAGAAAAAAAAUAAAAUCAGCCUUUCUAGUGAUAUUCCCUCAGCUCUUCAGGGGUGGGAGCCCCGGGGGAACCGCCGUUUCCCGGUGUAGUAGGUCCAUGUGCAACGUUUAGGGUGGUGCCUGGUCGGCGCGUUAUCGCGUUUGCUCUCCGGUUUUAUUUCAGCCGCUGAUGAAAUUGCAGCCAGAAGCGGAGGAGUGUUUGGACCUUCCCCUGAUCGGGACCUUUGACUCGUAAAAGGUUCCUUCAAGAAGCUUCGCAGAGCAGAAGAGGGGAAGAAAGAGCAGCCGGCUGUCAGAGGGAGCAGUACCCCAUCCUGGAGCGUGGGGAAUCGGGGGGGGCGAGAGGAGUGGCUGUAUGUGGAGUUUUUGGACAAAAUGCUUUCUCUGAAGAAAUAUUUCACCGAAGGCCUCAUCCAGUUCACCAUUCUGCUCAGCUUGAUCGGUGUUCGUGUGGACGUGGACACCUACCUGAACUCACAGCUCCCACCUCUCCGAGAGAUCAUUCUUGGCCAGAGCUCUGCUUACACCCAGACCCAGUUUCACAACCUGCGUAACACCUUGGAUGGAUAUGGCAUCCACCCAAAAAGUGUAGACCUGGACUAUUACUUCACGGCUCGCAGGCUGCUCAACCAGGUGAGGGCCCUGGACAGGUUUCAGGUGCCCACCACUGAAGUCAACGCCUGGUUGGUGCACAGAGACCCCGAAGGCUCUGUGUCUGGUAGCCAGCCCAACGCCGGCAUCGCCCUAGAGAACGGCGGCGGCCUGCAGGAUGGGAGCAGCCCUGACAACGGGGUGAGAGAGAGCGGAGCUGAGCAGGGCUUUGGGGAAGAACUGGAAGAUUUGGGAGCAGUGGCUGCCCCGGUGAACGGAGACCUGACCAAAGAGGACAUCGAUUUGAUUGACAUCCUGUGGAGACAGGAUAUUGAUCUCGGCGCUGGGCGAGAGAUUUUUGACUACAGCCACCGUCAGAAAGAGAGCGAAGUGGACAAAGAGCUGAGCGAUGGGAGGGAGCGCGGGGACAGCUGGAGGAGCGGAGGGAAUGAGGUCUUGGAUAGAAACCUGCUAGUUGAUGGAGAGACCGGGGAGAGUUUCCCUGCACAGGUGCCCGGUGCGGAGGAUCAGACAGCCCUGUCCCUGGAGGAGUGCCUUAGGCUGCUGGAGGCCACCUUCCCUUUCGGGGAGAAUUCGGAGUUUCCAGCUGCGGAUGUCUCCACCCUGAGUGAAGCCGUGCCCGGCGAGAGCAGGUCCACGGGCAUCCAGACCAGCCUGCUGUCUCCUCUCCUCACCGAGACCGAGUCGCCCUUCGAUCUGGAGCAGCAGUGGCAGGACCUCAUGUCUAUCAUGGAAAUGCAGGCUAUGGAAGUGAACAACACAACUGCUGAAAACCUGUACAACGGCACGAGCGGAGACCUGCUGACUUCUAACUACAGCCUCGCUCCGAACACUCCCAUCAAUCAGAAUGUCAGCCUGCAUCAGGCCUCUCUGGGUAGCUGCUCACAGGACUUCUCCCUCUUCAGCUCAGAAAUCGAAAGCCCCUCUAUGGCUGGCAGCUCGGCCCUGCUCCAGCUGGCGCCGGACAACUCCACCGGCCUCAACACCACUUUCGGCUCCACCAACUUGAGCGGCAUCUUCUUCCCUCCGCAGUUGAACAGCACAGUCAACGAGACGGCUGGCCCCGAGCUGCCAGACCCGCUGGGAGGUCUUCUAGAUGAAGCCAUGCUUGAUGAGAUCAGCUUGAUGGACUUGGCGAUUGAAGAAGGUUUCAACCCGGUGCAGGCCUCGCAGCUGGAAGAGGAGUUUGAUUCCGACUCAGGUCUUUCUCUGGAUUCUGGCCACAGUCCUGCUUCUCUGAGCAGCUCAGAAGCCUCCUCUUCCUCCUCCUCGUCCUCUUCGUCCUCAUCCUCUUCCUCCUCCUCGUUUUCUGAGGAAGGAGCUGUCGGCUACAGCUCAGACUCUGAAAACGUGGACUUUGAAGAAGCAGAAGGGGCGGUUGGAUACCAGCCAGAGUACAGCAAGUUCUGCCGCAUGAGCUACCAGGACCCAUCGCAGCUCCAUUACUUGCCUUACCUGGAGCACGUUGGCCACAACCACACCUAUAACAUGGCGCCAGGGGCCCUGGAUCCCGAGGAGCCCAAACUGCCCAGCGCGGGGAAGAAGAGCAGCAAAGAGAAGCCGUCCGAGUUCCUGGACAAGCAGAUGAGCAGGGACGAGCAUCGAGCCAGAGCCAUGAAGAUCCCUUUCACCAACGACAAGAUCAUCAACCUGCCUGUGGAGGAGUUCAAUGAGCUCCUCUCCAAGUACCAGCUCAGCGAGGCGCAGCUGAGCCUGAUCCGCGACAUCAGGAGGCGAGGCAAGAACAAGAUGGCUGCCCAGAACUGCCGCAAGAGGAAACUGGACACCAUCCUGAACUUGGAACGGGACGUCGAGGACUUGCAACGGGACAAGUCCAAACUGCUCAGGGAGAAGGUAGAAUUCCUCAAAUCCAUCCGCCAGAUGAAGCAAAAGGUGCAGAACCUCUACCAGGAAGUGUUCGGCCGCCUGCGGGACGAGAACGGCCAGCCCUACUCCCCCAGCCAGUACGCCCUGCAGUACGCCAGCGAUGGCAGCGUCAUUUUGAUACCUCGCGCCGUGGCUGACCAGCAGGCCCGGCGGCAGGAGAGGAAACAGAAAGACCGGAGGAAGUGAAGGGACGGCGACGCGGGAGGAGUGGGACACUCGCUCAAGUGAGAACUGGAGAAGGGCUGAGCCUGGAAGUACUUAGAGGAACUUUCAUGCCUUCUUAUCCGAUAUAUCUUCUCAAAAAAAAAACGUGACUGCUGCCGGUCAGUGUACGGGAGAGACUGCGGGACCUGCAGGCUGAGUUUUGAGGGCUCCCUGCGGGGAGGGACGGGGAGAAGUGGACCCUGCACUGGCGAGCCCGGCGCCUUCCACAACCUGGAAUCCUUUGAGCGCAGGAAAUGAGCUGGCAUCACUGGUGGUGAGAUUGGCAGAGGUGGAAAAACUACUGUUAGGAACUGGCUUUAAAUAAGAAAAGAGAUUUAAGCAAACGAACUUAAAACAAGUUAUAGGAGAGACAUUUUUUCUGAACUUCCAAAGUUCUGUGAUUUCAGGUAGUUGGGGUUUUUUUUUUUCUUGGUUUUUUUUUUUUUUUCCUGAACCAGUUUUGACAUCGGUGUGUGUGAUUCAAUCUGACUUAAUUCCAGAUUAACCAAUGUCCCUUCCUAGAUCAGACCAGUGCACACAUGGAAACACAAGUGGUGUGACUUCCAUUAACCCUUUCCAGCCUGAGGAAGCUCAGAGGGGGCUCCCGGGAGAACUGUUACUGUAUGUGUGGAGGAGCUGCG